CUUUCUCGGUGUCAAUCCCUAGUACACAAGGUUCCUUGCAUAUAUAUUAUUUGGCUUCAACGUAAGUAGAUUAGGUCUGUGUGCCAGCUUGAAAGAGAAAGCUUACCGGGCAGAGCUGUACUUGGCGGCUAACAUGCCGUUUUAACACCAAAUCGAUACUAACCCUCCAGAGGUAGAAUGCAAAGCUUUGUCACGAAAACCGUGGGUGCGUUGGCCUCUUUUUUGGCCGAGGUUUCGGCACACAAACCGAUCCACGUGAUUCUCCUCACCACCUUGGUUGUUUCCGUGGCCUACCUCUCUGUCUUUGAGGAGUACGUUGGCCGCGGGAUCUCCUACAAUGACGUUUCCUUCUACCACGCCCCUGGCUCCGACGACUACAACGGCUGGGAGCAGAUUAGCGACUGGAGCUUGCACCCAGAUGCCAACCACUUGGCGAUCACUUCGCUCAAAUUCAAGAGCGUCGGCGAGCGCCUGAUUCCGUCCAUCAAUGGCACUUUCCAAGGCUUUGCCGCCUCGGAACGCGUCUUGAUCGUCAACUACGACGAAAUCUCCUCCGUUGGUGAUAUCCUGUCCGGGGAAACUACCUGGAAGAUCCGUCACCAUCACGGGAUCAACAAGUACGCGGAGUGUUUACGCUCAGUCCUUGACAAGUUGAAGAGCUUGAUACGCGGUGCGGAAACCUUUGACAUCGCCUUGAUCACCCUUGCUUACUUGGUGAUGAUGAACAAUGUCAUUACUGUGUUCUUCGACAUGCAGAAACAGGGCUCCAAGUUCUGGAUGGCUUUUGUCACCCUCUUGUCCUCCACCUUUGCCUUUAUCUUGGCGCUCGCUACCUGUACCAAGAUCUUGGACGUCCAGAUUCCGUUCCUCAGCAUCACUGAAGGCGUUCCAUUCCUCGUUGCCAUUGUCGGUUUCAAGAACAAGACUCUCCUUACCUCCGCCAUUUUGAGACAGUCGCAAGUCUUAGACGUUCGCUCAUUGAUCAGCAAGGCCGUGUACGAAAACACCGGCAAGAUUACCAGAGACCACUUUGUUGUUGGUCUCUCCUUCUUCAUCUGCUCGCUCUACGCCACCCAGUUCGAAGGUCUCCGUGUCUUUUCCCUUUUGAGUGCCCUCAUCUUGGCCAAUGACUUGCUCUUGACCUUCACCUUCUACGCUGCCUGCCUUGCGUUGAAACUCGAGAUCGGCAUCAUCCGUGUGAGAUCUGACUUCAAGUCCCAGCUCGAGGAAGACGGCAUCUCCGCCUCGGUGGCCGACAGCGUCACUAGGGCCGAUGAAAAAUUGUCGUUGUCAAGCGGGGCCACUGUGAUUUCCCUCAAGGUUGCUCUCCUCGCGUCUGUUUUCGCUACCCACGCUUACUGGUUAGGUACCAAGUGGAUAAACGGUAACGACGACACCGAUCUCUCCUCCCUCACCGCUGCCGUCGCCGGCUUGUCUAAGGCUGCUGUCAAGCAUGUCUCCGUUGGUCCUUCCGGUACCAUUGUCACCGUAAUGCCAAGCCGUAUCUAUGUGCCCUCCGGUGCCUUCUUGCAAACCACCGACGUUUGCUUCUACUUGUUGGAGAAGGUCAGUGCUUCGAUCAGAGACCCGCUUAUCUCCAAGUUCUUGCUCUUUGCUUUUGCCUUUUCCGUCACCAUAAACGCCUACUUCCUCAAUGCAGCUCGUGCCACUUCUAUUCCUGCUUCAAAGGACAUCUCCAGAGCCAAGUCUUCCCGUAGAGCCUCCAAGUCGGUUGCUUCCGUUCCGGUCAUGACCCCACCACAAGAGUUCCUCGUCAAGGAAUCCUCCCUUGUCAGCGAUGAAUCUAGCGACGAAGAGUCCGAAGACGGCCCGUUCGAGCCCCGCAGUGUGGAGGAGUGUACCGAUAUCUUAAAGGCCGGUAAUGUCAAACAAUUACACAACAACGAGGUUGCGUCGUUAGUUGUUGCUGGGAAGCUUCCGCUCUACGCGUUAGAAAAGCAACUAGCUGAUAACACCAGGGCUGUUGUUGUUCGUCGUAAGGCCAUUGCUAAGUUGGCCAACGCUUCGGUUUUGGACACUGCUCGUCUCCCGUACAAGGGUUACGACUACGAUCGCGUGUUUGGUGCCUGUUGUGAAAACGUCAUCGGUUACAUGCCGAUUCCUGUCGGUGUUGCAGGUCCAAUGAUCAUUGACGGAAAGCCGUACCACAUCCCAAUGGCUACCACUGAGGGCUGUCUUGUUGCUUCCACCAUGCGUGGCUGUAAGGCCAUCAACGCUGGUGGUGGUGUUGAAACUGUUUUAACCAAGGAUGGUAUGACGAGAGGCCCCUGUGUGACCUUCGCAUCGCUUGCCCGUGCUGGUGCCGCCAAGAUCUGGUUGGACUCCGAAGAGGGCUCCAACACUAUCAAGAAGGCGUUCAACUCGACGUCUCGUUUUGCCCGUCUCCAGAACAUCCAAACCGCGUUGGCGGGUACUUUGUUGUUUAUCCGUUUCACCACUACUACUGGUGAUGCCAUGGGCAUGAACAUGAUCUCUAAGGGUGUCGAAUACUCUCUUAAGUAUAUGACCGAAGAAGCUGGUUGGGAUGACAUGGAGGUCAUCUCUGUUUCUGGUAACUACUGUACCGACAAGAAGCCUGCUGCGAUCAACUGGAUCGAGGGUAGAGGUAAGAGUAUUGUGGCCGAGGCCCGUAUCCCUGCUGACGUUGUCAGAAAAGUACUCAAGUCCGACGUGGAUGCCUUGGUGGAGUUGAACAUCAGCAAGAACCUUAUCGGCUCCGCAAUGGCUGGUUCUAUCGGGGGGUUCAACGCUCACGCUGCGAAUUUGGUAACGGCGGUGUAUCUCGCGACCGGUCAAGAUCCAGCGCAGAACGUGGAAUCCUCCAACUGUAUCACCUUGAUGAAAAAUGUCGGCGGUGACUUGGUCAUUUCCGUAUCCAUGCCGUCCAUUGAGGUCGGUACUAUCGGCGGUGGUACUAUUUUGGAGCCACAGGGAGCCAUGUUGGACUUGUUAGGUGUCCGUGGCCCACACCCAACCGAGCCGGGUGCCAAUGCCAGACAGUUGGCCAAGAUUGUAGCCUCCGCUGUGUUGGCUGCCGAGCUUUCGUUGUGUUCUGCCUUGGCUGCUGGCCACUUGGUCCAAAGUCAUAUGCAGCACAACCGCAAGGGUGCUGUCGCUGCCCCUGCCGCCCCUCAGGACGUUGCUCGUCUCCAAGAGGGUGCUAAAAUUUGCAUGAAGGGUUAAAACCUCUGGUCUAAAAUCUCAUUUCAUACCUUCUAAAAUUACUAAUUUAAUUCAUC